CUUUGGUGAUGACCGCAAGUGGAUUCUUCAAAGUUUUGUUAUUAUGAUAAUCGAACCUGAUUUUGGAUGAGUCAUGUGUAUUGCUUAGGAUUGCUAACAAGUGUUUGUCAUGUAAUAAAAACAAAGUUAAAUUAACCGUGAAGAGAUGUGCUUAGGUGUGGUGUAAAGAGGUUGUUAACUGCUUAUGUAUUAUUCGCAACAAAACUGACGCUGUACCUCAAACACAAAGGUGUAUCAUCGGGCUGAUCAGCUUCAGAAAUUCAGUAAGAAAGCGUGAUGUCAGAGAUGAUGUUAUCUUGCUAUGGAAGCUGCCGAUUUUAAAACAGAUACAAUCCUACCCGCAGUCAUGGUAAAAUGAUGAUAAGACUUUCAUUUAGUUUUCUCCAGCGUAAAUGAAUUACGGGUUUUGCAGUGCUGCAAGUUGUACAAAUGGAUAGAACUGGAUAUGAAAGACUAAUGAGUAUCCAGUUUGGGAGUGAAAUUUACUCCAGUCAGCGCUUUGAUGAUUUACCCCUGGUAGAGGUAGGACCCUUGACAGAUGAGAUCUUCGCAAGCUACUCAGGUCCAGAUACUGGACUUGCAUUUGGCUUCGAAAACAAGGCUAAUGGUUCCAAUGGGGAGAUCGCAGGGGCCACUAGAUGGAAUGUGAAAGAGCAGAAAGCCUAUGGGAUCUGUAUAUCCCUGUAUGAGCAGCAUCCUGUGAAUGGGAAAAUGUCAGGUGACCCUGUAGCCGACGCGUUUGCAGUGUGCGCUAGGGGCAACAACUGUGUCAUGCUGAUUGCCGACGGGGUCAACUGGGGUGAGAAGUCCCGUUUGGCGGCCCGCGCAGCUCUCCAUGGUAGCAUGGAGUACAUCAACACUCGCAUCUUCACCCUGGCCAGGCCACCUGCCUCCACUCACGACAUAUUUGCAAUCCUUCGCAAGUCGCUGGACAAGGCGCAUGAGGAGAUACUGGAGAGAGAGGGGGGCCUCACCACACUGUGUGCUUGUCUGGUUGUCCCUGUCAGCAAGUCUAGACAGUUCGCAGUGUGCUCUCUCAACGUGGGGGACAGCUAUGGCUACAUCUUCUGUCAUAAUCACGGCAUUCGAGAAGUCACCCAGGGCUCCCACAAUGUUUCCAUCGUCCGUGACAUUCGAGACGCGGGAGGCGCCAUCGGACCAGUAGAAGGGAGAAAUCCCGAACUCCACAAUCUCACAUACGGACUUAGCUUCGCCAAUCCGGGCGACAUCGUGUUCCUGACCACAGAUGGGAUAUCAGACAAUUAUGAUCCGGUUGUGACCAAAAUCGCUGCGGCCCCCUUAGACAUCAAGGACGGUCAAAGCAAUAGUGUUGAGCCUGGGCUUGUGGAAGCUGAUGAAGACCAGGAAAUGGGGCCUUCUGGCUCUGCGUACAGUAUUGCUGGAAAGCCCGUUAUGCAGCCAAAGGAAAGACAUGUGUAUGCAAUGAAGGAAAUGGAGCGUGUGUUACAUGAACACGAACUUGCCACCGAGGAGCAGAUUUCAGCUCAGGAGUUGUGCAGCGCCAUGGUGCAGCAUGUUCUCAUGGUGACGGAUCCGAAGAGGAAAGUGCUAGAGAAUCCGGAACUCUACAAGCGCAAGAAAAUGUCUCAAAACGACAAGCAGAAGAGGGAUUCAGAGAUUGUCUCGAAGAUGUCUGAAUCACCAGGAAAGCUCGAUCAUGCCUCCAUUGUGGCAUAUGAGGUCGGAGAAUGGAGGCCAGACUAUGAUUUCAUGGAGUCCAUACCGUUGGGAGGUCAGACCUCGGAGUCAAGCAGUGGGUCACGGCACAGCUCCAUUCUAGACAACGCUAAGAGUCCCACCUCACCCACUCGCAAUAUUACAUCACCAUCGUCAGGUACGAAGAGAAUUCGACCGAAAAAACUCUUUAACAAACUAAAAACCAAUCUCAACAUCAAAUCAAACCCAAACUCUCCCACAGCUGAAAAUGCCCCAUCCAUUCAAGGUCACUCUUCGCAUAAGAAGUUUUCUUUUAAGCGGUCGCGAGCGCGCUCAGAACCAGGGGUCAUGACCCCAACUAGCCCAGUUGCCACGGGCAACAUAGUGUCACCGGAGUACAGUGGUUUUCCCUCCAGUCCCAUGGUUGUUAGCCCCACCUCUCCAACGCGUCACUUGCAGGCCCCACCUACGCAGAUAUACAGGAAAUCCAAUCCAUUUGAAUCAGCCGUCUGAUAAAUGUGGGCAUUCUUUCUAGUGUAGACUGUGUUAUGUUGUAUUUUACUAGUCGUGUUACAGAGCAGAAUGGACAGAAUUGAGUCGUGUUCUGAGAAAACUGGGCAUAAUGCACGUGCCACUUAGAUACGUAUUUUUGUCCCCUACCGGUUUCACCGGAGGGGACUUAUGGUUUCGCUCUGUGUGUCUGUCUGUCUGUGAGUCAGUCCCACUUUUCUGGAUCCUGCAAUAACUUAAAAAGUUCUUAAUAUUUUUUCAUGACACUUGAAACAUGGAUAGAUGGCAAUAUGAACAUUAUGCACGUUAUUUCAUUUUGUUUCUACGUCAAAAAUUCUGGUUGCUAUGGCAACAAAUAGACUAGAAAUACUGCUUAAAAUGGUGGUUUUCUGGAUCCUAUGAUAACUUUUAAAGUUCUUCAUAUUUUUUCAUGAAACUUGAAACAUGGAUAGAUGGAAAUAUGGACAUUAUGCACGUCAUUUCAUUUUGUUCCUACGUCAAAAAUUCUUGUUGCUAUAGCAACAAAAAAAAUAAAAAAAUCUGACAAUGGUGGAGCAGGUAGGGGACAUAUAGUGCUUGGCAAUAGUCUUGUUACACAUUUGUUGUCCCUUAGAAAGUUACAUUUAAUUUAAGACCUUUCUUACUAAAUUCAAGUUUUAAAUGCUUCAUUUUCAACCAUUAGAUACUGAUGAGCAGCAAACAGCAUAAAACCUGAACAGACUAUAAAAUCUGAACAUACUCGCAGGCACAUACUUGUUUGCACAUAGCCAUUUUCACUUUGCUUCUAAGAGGGAAAGGAUUAAAGGAAGUCUUUUCUUAGCAAAAACCCAGUGUCGUCUGAUAAGCCUAUUUGGACUGCUAGGGCUCAUCUGGGACGACACUUUACGUACAUGCAUUAAGCCCUGUUUUCCCAAAGGGACCUCAUAUAUUGAAAUGACGAGUUGUAGAGCAGAACAGGCAGAUUUUGUGUAUACUGAAAUAGGUUGUAAUCAGUCAUUUGCUACCUCCCUGUGAUAAUUAGCACUCAUUCAUUCAUGAUGUCAGGAAUUUUACAAAGAUUUUUUAUUUGCGGAUGUAAACGCUUGGUUUAAUACAUGUGUUUGAUGAACAAUUUUGAGCUGAAAAAAUAUGAUUACACUGGUAUUUGUGUAGCUUUUUUGUCUUUAUUUUGCUUUGCCUAUAUUAAGUUUUAUUUAUCAAAGCUUAAUAAAAAUGUAUAAUUUCACAAUUAUUUUAUUCUUUUAUUGUGCAUUAUGAUCAAUAUAUGAUUGAGAUUGUGACACCAAUACUCCGCUACGGUAAACACAUGGGUGGAACUUAAGCUUGACAAGGGUUGAAGUUAUUCUGAUGGCGACGGAUCACAUGCUCAAAGCUUUUGGAGACAAAAGUUUGUAGUCAGAAUGUAAAUUAGUCUAGUCACAAAAGUAAAUUAACUCAAUUUCCUAAGGCAUUAUGAUUGUUAUUUAUGAACAAUCAAUGGUUUGAUGUUUGAUGCAAAUCGGUAUCAAGAUCCUGAUUGGUUAGUUUUCGACGAUCUCCAAAACCAUGCUCUAAUCCUCAGUACAUUUGUAUUAUUUAAAAUCUUGACUAUGGUUUUUAUUGAAGUAUAAGUAAUAUGAAAAUGUUUGUUAACUGUUUCAAAUAGUGAAAAGGUUGAAAAUUUUCACUGUUUCAUUAUAAAACUUUUUUGCAGUCUGCACUUUCCCCUUUCUGGUAUUUUUCAUUGAAAGGAAGUCUCUUCAUUGGAAAAACCCAGUUUAGGCGGAAAGUUUCCUCCCUGAUUAGCCUGAGCAAACUGCACAAGCUUAUCUGUAAAGACACGAAAAAGGCAAUUGCCCCAUUUUUCUAUAGCAAUGCUCAUAUGGUAUCUCUGUUGACAAAAUGCCCAAAUAUCAAUAAAGGCAACCUAGCUGUGGCACCCAUGUUGCCUGAUUAUCCCUUUACCACUUUUUUUUUUUCGACCCAUUUGUAGACCCUUACAAAAGUUGAAUUUAGUAAAAGACCUCUCUUACUAGAUUUAAGUUUCAAAAGCUUUAAUUCCAACUCAUAGAUACUGAUAAGCAGCAAACAGGAUAAAACCUGAACAGAGUGCGAGUUACAUGUACUUGCUGGCUGUUCUGGUUUAAGCUGUUUGCACAUAGCCAUUUUCACUUUGCCUCUGAGUGGGAAAGGGUUUUGCUAGAUGUUGUGUUUCAAUGAAUGAUAUUUGUGCCAUGUUUUUUUUUUCAUUUUUUGUUUGAAAUAUAAAGAUCAGGUCAGUAUUUUGUGUUCAAUUCAUUUAUUCCCCACCUGUAUUUGUAUUUCUUGCCUUUGUUUUUUUGCUUUUUGUCACUAUAACCACACGAUUUUAUUCAUAAUAGAAAAUAUUAGAAAAUAUUUGCACAUAAAGAUCGCAUGUCUUACUUUUUUCUUAUUACAAUAUAAAAUUGUUUAAUUAGUACAUGAAUUGUCUGUGAAAUGCUUGUAUAGUGCAUAAAUUGUGUUAGUUGCAUAUCUGUCAGUGGCUUGAGGCAGCUUUUAUCGUUGAGUAAUGCUCAUGAGGCAGGUUUAAACAGACUCAUACUUGGAUAUUUUAUUUUUACCCCGUGCAUACUAACACCAGUUAUUAGCUCGGCGUUUUCGGACAAAACCCGAGAUAUUGUCAUAGCCAGCUCGUCGUGUUGUCCUCCGUCCGCGUCGUGCUAAAACCUUAACAUUGGCUCUAAAAUCAAAGUGCUUCCACCUACAACUUUGAAACUUCAUAUUUAGAUGCACCUUGAUGAGUUAUACACGCCACACCCAUUUUGGGGUCACUAGGUCAAAGGUCAAGGUCACUGAGACCUCUUAAAAAAAAAAAAAAGUUCCGACAAGCUUUCAUUUAUUCAAAACUGCACCCGUAGCCGAGCGUGGCACCCGUUAUGCAGUGCUCUUGUUUUUAUAAACAUUGUGUAGGAAACAUUUUGCCAUUUUCACUAAAAAUAAUUAUUUUUUACUGAAAAGAAUAAAAUCAAUGUAAGGAUAAUCAUUUUGUGGUUCAGUAUUUUUUCAUUGUUAGGUUAAUAGAUUUUUGUUUUUAUCAAUAAUUCUUGCGAACUUUUGCGAAUGUCUAUUAUAUCACUGACUUCAAAGAUAUUUUCAUUCGAACUUAUAUUGUAAGAAAUAUAAAAGCCAUGUAUAUUGCAUUUAUACGAAGUAAUCUUACUUAUGACUUUUGUAUUCAAGCUCAUUUAUAAUAUAAUAAUGUACUGAUUAAUGUUAGCCAAAAUAAUUUAGAAUUAUUUAUAAUCAUUAGCAUAAAAUGUUUGAGUUUUUCAAAAAAAGGAGACUUGGUGGACGCUUGAUUUUAAGGAUUUCUGAUAUAGGAAACAAGAUGUGUUUGUGAAACACAAUGUCCCCCUAUAUGACGUUUGACCUUGAAGGAUGGCCUUGACGUUUACCCUUCACCACUCAAAAUGUGCAGGUCCUUGAGAUACACACGCAUUUCAAAUAUAAAAUUGCUAGCUUCAAUAUUGCAGAAGUGACAUUACAUGAGAAAUUUUGACCCAUAUAUUUGACCUUGAAGGAUGACCUUGACCUUUCACCAGUCAAAAUGUGCAACUCCAUAAGAUACACAUGCAUGCCAAAUAUCAAGUUGCUAUCUUCAAUAUUGCAAAAGUAUUCAUAAAAUAAGCGAUUUGGGCCACAUAUAUUUGACCUCUGACCUUGAAGGAUGACCUUGACCUUUCACCACUCAAAAUGUGCAGCUCCAUGAGAUACACAUUCAUGCCAAAUAUCAAGUUGCUAUCUUCAAUAUUGCAAACGUAUUCAUAAAAUAAGCGAUUUGGGCCAAAUAUAUUUGACCUCUGACCUUGAAGGAUGACCUUGACCUUUCACCACUCAAAAUGUGCAGCUCCAUGAGAUACACAUGCAUGCCAAAUAUGAAGUUGCUAUCUUCAAUAUUGCAAAAAAAUUCAUAAAAUGAGCGAUUUUGGCCACAUAUAUUUGACCUCUGACCUUGAAGGAUGACCUUGACCUUUCACCACUCAAAAUGUGCAGCUUCAUGAGAUACACAUGCAUGCCAAAUAUGAAGUUGCUAUCUUCAAUAUAGCAAAAGUUAUUGCAAAAUGUUAAAGUUGGCGCAAACCAACCAACAGACCAACCAACAGGCCAACCAACCAACCAUCAGACCAACCAACCAACAGACAGGGCAAAAACAAUAUGUCCCCCACUAUUAUAGUGGGGGACAUAAAAAUUAGGAAUUUGUGUCCCUCAUUUUCCAUGAGUUCAUGUAAAAUUCAAAGAACAGUCAACCCAGCAAUUGAACAAAAAUUAAUUUCCCACGAUAAUAGUGAUUUCACUGUAACUAUAAUAGUUGUUACAUUUUCUCCCAAGACCACCAAUGUUUUGCACAUGAUAAGUGUGAACAUAACUGUGUAAAGAAAAGUGUAUAUGAUAGUGUCAUCACUUGCAAUGAAGGGCUAGCCAAUUUCAACUUCUGAGUCCCAGGGAUAUUUACUGACAUACUCAUUUACUUUUUAUAUCUAUCCUGUAUGGGGGGUGCUUGGCAGUAAUGCAAUUGGUACUCCUGGAUUGAACAAGUUGUUGAGUAGGCAACCAACCAGAUCAGAAUGAGGCCUUUCGACUCACUCCAAUGGAGAGGUCCCUGACAACUUGAGGAAAAAAACAACGGUGGGCAUGUAUAGUACUAGGUUGUCAGAAACUCACUCGGGCUACUAGUAUAAGCCAUGUCAUGCAGAAAUGGGUCUGAUGCCAUAUGAGGCCAGGGUAGCCAGAUCAGCCUUCGCAAUAGCGCAGUCUAGUUAGGAGCUACCCUAUCCGCUAAUGACAUCACAAAACUUUGCAUGAUAUAGAGUGGACAGGGUUGCUCCACACCAGCCUGCUUAUAGGGCAUAAGAUGUAUUUUAGCAUGACAUGGCUCAUAUGAUGUUCUCGGAUGAAGUUUUAUCCUAAAAAAUAAGGUAUCUUCUAAUGAACGAAACACAUCCUUAGUAGCCCAUAAUGCAGAUUCUUGUACAUUCGACAAAACAUUGUUCAACCAUUUACCACUUAGAUACGUAUUUUUAUGCAUUUGUAGUCCCAUAAAAAGUUAAAUUUCAUUAAAGACCUUUCUAACUAGAUUCAAGUGCUUCAUUUCCAACCCUUAGAUACUAAUGAAAAGCAAACAGCAUGAAACCUGAACAGACUGCAAGUUACUUGCAGGCUGUUCUGGUUUUUGCUGUUUGCACAUAGCUAUUUUCACUUUGCUUGUGAGUGGUUGAUUGGUUGCCCCUAAAUUACUAGGUAAUAAACUUAUGGAUCAAUUAGUUGUUUGGUUCUUGAUAUGUUUUGUUAUGUGUUAUUUAUUAUUAGAUUCAAAAUAUUAUUGUGUUUUAAAUCAACACCUGUAAUCAAGAUAGUCUUAAAACAAUUGUCACAUUCAUUGUUAACUUUGAAGGCAAUACAGUUGAGCCUCAUUCUGUGAAAACUGUACUUAAUACAUGUGCGUAAAGUGUCGUCCCAGAUAAGCCUGUGCAGUCUGCAGGGCUGAAACUCUCUGCCAAUGGAUUUUCAUAAAGAAGAGGCUUCCAAAAAAUUUCAGGUUAGCCUGUGUGGAGUGCAUAGGCUAAUUUGGGAUAUUACUUUAUGCACAUUCAAUCUGAAGUCUCAUUUCCCCAGAGUUUCUCUUGGAGACGGUUAUUGUUUAUGGUAAAGGUUAUUAAAUUUUACAGACGCAAUUAUGUUUCCUAGGAUUGAAGGAUUAUGCAAUCAGUUACUAAAAAUCAAAUUGGAUAAUCAAAUCUUUACCUAUCAAUUGCAAAAAUUAAAGUUGCAAAUUAUUUUUAUAUUUGCAAUAUAAAUGGGGGAAAAAUUUUGUCUGUGUUGUAUGAUCUUUCUACUUAUUAAAAUGAAAAUUAUAUCUCAACUAGCAGAAAAUUAAAAUGAAUUGUUUCAAACAUAUGCUGGUUAGAAAUUGUCCUUCCUAAGAAACGUGUUGUGACUCAUGAUAGAUAGGUUUUCAUGGUAUACUUGCUCAGACUUGUUUUCUUUUUUUUCCCACAACUAUUUAUGACAGUGGUUUUUAUAUUUCAUGACAUUUUAAAACACAAUUUUAGAUUAUACAUUGAUUUGUUUGUUCACAUGUAAAAUAAUAUCUUAAUUUGAGCCUCAUUUUUAGACAACUUGGAUUAAUGCCUGUGCAUGAAGUGUCAUCCCAUAUAAGACUGUCACUUUCCACUACAAACUUAAUUUUUGUUAAGAUUAGACUUCUUUAAAACAAAAAAAUAUACAUAAAAGUGGAAAGUGUCUCUCUAAUUGGCUUGUGCGUGCUGUACAUGGUAAUUUGGGAGGAUACUUAUCAAUGUACAUGUGUUAAGCCCAGUUUUCCCAGAGAUUGGCAAAAUUGGUUACUCUGUGUUUUCAUAGAAGCCGAAUAUUGUGUGACUGAUGCAACAAAUGACCAUUUCAAACUGUGGUGCAAAGUUCUAUCAAGUGUACAAAUACUUACCAUUGGAACUUGUUUGUGAGAAUUAAAUGUAUUGAAUGGGAAAAAAUACUUGCGAUUACUCAAGAUUAGCGGGUACUUUUAAAUUAAUGAUAUUACUUCUUUUACAAGUUUGUAUUACUAUGGUGUAUGAAAGACUUUAUUGCAUGAUUUCAGUUAUCAGCUAUUGUCAGGUAAAUUUCAUUGGAAAUAAAUUGUGAACAGAUA